UGUGGAUAUGCAAGCGAGAAGAAGGGACUGGACAUUCCCAACAUGCUCACUCCCUUAAUCUGUCCGUCUAGAGGUUUGGCUUCUACACACCAAGGGAGUCGACGAGUUGAAGAUGAAGCCCAGAGCAGAGUGCUGUUCUCCCAAGUUCUGGUUGGUGUUGGCCGUCCUGGCUGUGUCAGGCAGCAGAGCUCGUUCUCAGAAGAGCCCCCCCAGCAUUGGCAUUGCUGUCAUCCUCGUGGGCACUUCAGACGAGGUGGCCAUCAAGGAUGCUCACGAGAAAGAUGAUUUCCACCAUCUCUCCGUGGUGCCCCGGGUGGAGCUGGUAGCCAUGAAUGAGACCGACCCAAAGAGCAUCAUCACCCGCAUCUGUGAUCUCAUGUCUGACCGGAAGAUCCAGGGGGUGGUGUUUGCUGAUGACACAGACCAGGAAGCCAUUGCCCAGAUUCUGGAUUUCAUUUCAGCCCAGACUCUCACUCCCAUCCUGGGCAUCCACGGAGGCUCCUCUAUGAUAAUGGCAGAUAAGAGUGCCAAAUCCAGUGGACCUUUCAAGUUGUUUCUGACUUUCUUGCAGCACUGGACACUGCUGACGCUUUCAGAGCUAGCCACAGAAUUUAUGAUGAAAAGAGUGCAGCCAGUUAUUACUGCCUCUCUUCCAAAUGAGGGUGAUAGUACUGAGAAGAGAACCAUAGGGAUUGGAGCAGUCAGCCCUUUGGCACAGACCACAAUCCCUCCAGGGCUCCUGGGAAAAGGUCUGAACACCCAGCGUGGGUUUGCUGCUGGCCUGACAGCCCUGAGAAAGGUUCUGGUGAAAAAGGUUGAAGAGUACUGGAACCGGGACUACUACGCAGCCAGUAGUGUGAAAACUCUACAUGAUAAAGAAUUGUCUGCUCAAAAGGCCACCAACUCUUCUGGUGUGAAACAUGGAGUGAAGAUUCGAAGAAAGGCUUAG